GGCUGAUCGCGAUGGAGGCAGCGAGGAGACCUGUGGCGGCUGCGCUUGCGAGCAUGAUGGAGAACAUCAGAGGAAAGUUCAGUAACAGGCAGGGACAUAGCUUUGGACGAUUCCCCAUGACAUCCAAGAGAGGCCCUAGGAAUUUUUACAAAGGAAAAGGAGCCAAGAGUACAGGAUUUAUUACCAAGCAUGGAAACUUUCAUAGGCAGGAGCACAAGAUCGAAGAAUUGGUUGUCCCAGAUUUCACGGACUGUGAUCUCAGACCAUAUGUUUCCUACAGAACGCCCAAGCUGAGUACCCUCAAGACCGAUCAAGCGUAGAUGUUCUUGUCACAAAUAACAUCUUCAACGGAUGUUAAACGGUACCUUGCUAUGGAAUAAAUCAGAUUUGGUGUUGAGGAUGGCUCAACAAACAUCUGAGAUG